AUGUGGUAUCGCUUUGCGGCACUGUCUCGUUGCUGCCUUACGCUCAGCGUACGUGUGAUGAUUGCGCGAGGCGGGGAUGCCAGGCGCUUCGGUCUUUCUCCCUUUCGCUGGGUCGUUGUGUCGGCAAGCAAGCAAAGCGAGUCUGCCAACGUCGCGCGAAAGAUAUGUCGCUCCUUGAUGGACCAAUCGCUGUGUACGAGCAAGCGAGAAGGCCAAGUUUCGAUGUUGGGACUCAAGGACGAGCGAGUGUUCAGCGCGACGGGACCGUGCACACCCUUCUGCUUCCUUGAAUCGAGUUGA